CCCUGCGCGCUGUGGGUGUGUUUCGGAAGGCGGGCGCGCGCGCGCUCACGUCGGAGGACCGGAAAGGAGGCGGGUCCGCGGCGGCGCGCGCUCCCGGAACGCGCGUACCGCAGACGGCGCGGAUCGCAGGGAGCCGGUCCGCCGCGGGAACGGGAACCUGGGUGUGCGUGUGGAGCCGGGGCUCGUGGGAGGCUGUCGCGAUGAACACGGUGCUGUCGCGGGCGAACUCGCUGUUCGCUUUCUCACUGAGCGUGAUGGCGGCGCUCACCUUCGGCUGCUUCAUCACCACCGCCUUCAAAGACAGGAGCGUCCCGGUGCGGCUGCACGUCUCGCGGAUCAUGCUAAAAAAUGUAGAAGAUUUCACCGGACCUAGAGAAAGAAGCGAUCUGGGAUUUAUCACAUUUGAUAUAACUGCUGAUCUAGAAAAUAUAUUUGAUUGGAAUGUUAAGCAGUUGUUUCUUUAUUUAUCAGCAGAAUAUUCAACAAAAAAUAACGCUCUGAACCAAGUUGUCCUGUGGGACAAGAUUGUUUUGAGAGGUGAUAAUCCGAAGCUGCUGCUGAAAGAUAUGAAAACAAAAUAUUUUUUCUUUGACGAUGGAAAUGGUCUGAAGGGAAACAGGAAUGUCACUUUGACCCUGUCUUGGAAUGUCGUACCAAAUGCUGGAAUUCUACCUCUUGUGACAGGAUCAGGACACGUAUCUGUCCCAUUUCCAGAUACAUAUGAAAUAACGAAGAGUUACUAAAUUAUUCUGAAUUUGAAACAACAUAUUUUUAUACUUAAUGAAUUAUAUCUCAUUUAUCUCUUCCCUUGCAUCUUCAUUUGUUGUUAGUUUUUUCGUUGUUGUUGUUUUGUUUUUUUCGGUAUAAGACCUAACAUCAAAAGGCCUGUUUGAAGGGAAAGGUUAAUGGGCUACUUAAUUUUACAAACAAAACAGAAACCAAGGCUGUCACAGUGAAGUAUAAUCUUACAAGAAUAAGAACUACAUAAAAAGGAUUGUAAAAAAUACAUAUUUGAAGUAUUCCCUGUAUUUCUGUUACUUUUUAUGGAAUAUAAAGUGAGCAUGAAGGGUAGUUGAAACUUUCAGUUGCCUAUAGAGUCAUAAUAACUCAGUAUUUUAUGCCUUGCAUUCAUGCAAGUUCACAUUGGAUGUGAUUUAAAACUAGAUAUUCUCUUUUAUCUUUUUAAGGAUAUGUUUGAAUACUGGUAAAUUAAUAUGGUUACUUGUUGGAAGUCUGGUUUAUAAAAAAGCCAAAAGUAAUGGAAUUUUAUUCCAUUUGUCUUAGGCAGGCCCAUAAUAUUUGUUUUUCUUACACGUGACUAGCAAUUUUGUCCACUUAAAGACUAAAUACCUCUUUAUAUGCUGUAAAUCAUCUAAUUCAUUUUUAAAUAUUUUAGGUCAACCAAAUGUGUGUCUUCAGUGCUUUCUCUAAAAAUGUUCCUUUAUAGCUUUGUACAUUUUUUAAGCAUUGCCAUUGAAAGUUGAAAAUGUUUGCAUGGUUUAUCCUCGUGAGUUAUGUUUCUUCUAGUGAGCAUGUCUACUGCCACUAAGUGAAUUAUUUACGACUUUUUGUAGGUCCCUAUUUUAAUUAUUGGGAUAAUAAUUGUGGUAUGCUUUCCAUUUACAAACCACUCAUAUACUUUAGUGUAUGUCAUACUUAAUAAUCUAACAAGGUAAGUGGUAUAAGUGUUAGCUCUUUGCAGAUGAAGAAACUGAAACCCAGAAGUUUAUUGAAUCGUUACAUAGUGAGCAAGGAGUGGAGUUAAAACUUGAACUCAGAUCUUCUAAUUCUCUGAGCUCAUCCUUUCUUUUAUACCUCAGAUUGCAGACUAAUAAAUUAUCACUUAUAACCUUCUGAUAUCUUUUUUGUGACCCUGGAAACCCUUUCUAUCACUCCUAGAAAAGAUCUCUCAUUUUAUAUGGAAAUGACUAAUUUUCAGGCUGCCAGCUUAUAUCGAGGUAAUAUUUUAUUCUCUGCGUAAAUUCAUUUCACUUAGAUUAAAAGCAUAAGGAUAUCUACAUAUAUGUAAAAAUAAUCAAUACAUAAUACAUGAUUGAAUACAUGAUCAUAUUUAACAUGAUUUUUUUUUUUUCUGCUGUGGAGAAAUAAACAUCCUCAAAUUAGCAACUGCAAAUCAGUUACCCUUAGAAAAGCAAGACCAAACACUGUAGUUACACUGUUAGCAGUAACCAAAAAGGGCUAAUAUUUUCUAAGAAUAGUUUAAUAACAAACAUUUGUUAUAUUUACUUUAUAUGAAAUACAUCACUAAUUACAUUAAUUUUAGCAUC